AUGGAAUAUAAUAGAAAUGAAAGUGAUGAAAGAACUGUCAUUAUGAAAAGAUAUUCUUUAGAUCAAAUAGAUGUUGUAAAAAUAGUAUUUGUUGGACUAGUAUCAAGAUUAGAAGAGACAUAUUAUCAAUCAAAGAACAAUGUAUUUAAUAGAAUAUUUGCAAAGAACGGAUGGUUUUGGACUACAGUAGUAUAUGGUGCUUAUUUAGCAAUGAAUGAAAACGAGAGACAAGGAGAGAAACUAGUUUUUUCUAUACUUCGUUACAUUGCAUCAACAGGUUAUUGGUAUAUAAUAACGCAAAAAACUUUAUUUGGACCAAGUGUAUUUGAUAUGAUAUUUACAAUGAGUGGAGGCAAUUGUAGAUUUAAUGAGGACACAGAAAACUUUUCAAAUUAUGGAAAAACAAAUGAUAUUAAUAGUUCAUAUCAAUGUAAACAGUUGAAGGGAGAGUGGAUUAAUGGACAUGAUGCCAGCGGACAUUGUUUCUUAUUAGUGCAUUCUUCACUUUUUCUAUUAGAGGAAAUAUGUGGAUCAUUCAACAAGAAAAAAAUAAUUGAAUUGAAUGAGUUUAAAUUCUUUAAAAAAAUAUUUUUUGGAGAAGAAAUGGGAAUUUAG